ACAUUCUCUCCUUACUCAGGUUUGUCGGAAACAAUGAAGAGCGGCAAGUAUUCGUGCAACACAAGUCUCGAAACCGUAGAAUGGAUCACCACAAUCAUCGAUUUCCUUAAACCCUUUUCUUUCCUAAUCAAUUCUCACGUUGGCAAUUUCUUAAAGGAUAAGCUAUGGGAAGCUGUUGAUGAGGAAUGGAUGAGCUGUUUAAGGAAUGAGAAGCCUGAAAAUAUUCUUCUUAUACCCUCCGGUAGUGUCCAGGAACACUGGCCUGCUUCACUCAAGGACUUUGUUCACACGUUGAGGUCUCUAUCGUUGCCUAGAGAGCAAGCGGAACUACAGGAGAUACUCGCAGAUGUGAAUACGGCACCGCUUAGCACCGUUCUUUCACAGGGAAUGAAUCUUAAGAAAAAGCAUGAGGUUGAAGUUCUUUCCUCUGUUGUAAGCUCUGUUGUUAGCAGUGUUGGAGAUUCUACUGUCGUUGAUGUCGGUUCUGGCCAGGGUUAUCUAGCGCAGGUUCUUUCUUUCCAGUAUAAGCACUCAGUUGUUGCGAUCGAUUCCUCAUAUCAUCAUGGAAAGGUAACUGAUGCGCGAGCAGCACGUAUAAGAAAGCAUUUUGCAGCACAAAUGCGUAAAACUGGUUCAGGAAACAAGUGCCCAGAUGGUCCAAUGACGAUUACAUGCCGUGUAUUAUCCACAGAGAUGUUAAAAUCCUUGACGGAUGUUCCUUUGGAGAAAAAUGACGCAAGUGCAUUGAAUGAAACUCCAAAUAGAUUGUGUUCACUUGUUCUUGCUGGCCUCCAUGCAUGUGGAGAUUUAUCUGUUACAAUGCUACGGACUUUUAUGGAAUGCAAAGAAGUUAAAGCCGUAGUGAGCAUUGGCUGCUGUUACAACUUAUUAUCUGAGGACGCUGGUUUCCCGAUAAGCGCUUGUCUCGAAUCUUUGGGAUUUUCGCUUAGCAAAAAUGCACGUAAUCUAGCUUGUCAGAGUGCUGAGAGAUGGAGCAGCUUAGGAGAAGAGGCUGGUCUGCAAAACUUUGAGUUGCAUUCUUUUCGUGCUGCUUUCCAAAUGGUUCUGUGGAAACAUUAUCCAGAGGUUUUGGCGACAAGUCCCUCUAUUGGGCGCCAAGGUAAGGCGUUCCGUAAUCAGAAGCAAAGAGAAGCCAGAGAAGCUCCAGCAACAGUAGAUACAAGUAGGGAAGACACCAAUGACAAGAAAUCCAUGACGCAUACUACAAGUUCUUCUUUUGAGAAGUUUUGCAAGUCAGCAUUAUCAAGCCUGAAUCUAGAACAUCCUCAAGAUCUUGACCUCAGUGCCACAUGGAAUGAAGCUAAGGCAUUCACGGAACUGAUAGGGCCGUACUGGUCUAUUCGAGCUUCAUUAGGACCAGUGCUUGAGACGUUGAUCUUGCUUGAUAGACUCAUGUUUCUCCAAGAACAAGGAGACUCCAUUGAGGUUGAAAUGAUUCCCAUCUUUGAUCCCACCAUAUCACCUAGGAAUGUUGCCAUCAUUGCUAAAAGGCGCUGACCCUAAAGCUUUUAAACUCCCGUUUGAUCCUUUUGUGUGAAGUUUCAUGCAUCAAAUUGAUGGAGCAGUGAAGAGAAUUGACCUGGAGAAGCUGUUUUUCACCCGUCCCCAUUUUUCACUCGUGUGAAC